GACCACUGCACACAUCGAUGGCGCCGAGAGCGCCACUUGAACGUAGCGGCGUGCGCACGCCGCAUCCUUGCAGCGUCGACGGGUCGACGCACUGCACUUGUUGGACUAGCUCCUCCCCGUCGUCGCAUCCCUGGUAGCAUCGAUCGUUGCGCUCGUAGCCUCGUUGUGUUCGUGUGUGUGGAGUUAGGCCUAUCGCACGUCGUGGUGUGUGUAACGAUGGCUGCAAACGCUAAGAAACGGACGACUCUGACUUUUGCUGCUAAACUAGAAGCAAUCCAGCGCGUCGAGAAUGGCGAGAAGAAGUCGAGCGUCGCAGAAGCGUUUGGCAUACCAAGGAGCACAUUGAGUACUCUGCUCAAAAACAAAGGCAACAUAAAGGCCAAGGCCGAGAAGAGUCAGCACUCCGGCGCACGCCGUGUACGCAAAGCUGCCUUCGAAGAUGUUGAGAAGGCGCUUCACAAGUGGUUUAUAGACGCAAGGGCCCGAAAUAUUCCUAUAUCGGGACCGAUCUUGCAACAGAAGGCACAGAACUUUGCAUUCAUUCUCGGCGCCGAGAAUUUCAGUGCGAGCAGCGGUUGGCUGCAACGAUUCAAGACUCGCUUCGACAUUGUUGGGAAGACGGUGUCGGGAGAGAGUGAGGACGCCAAUGAUGAAGAAAUUCAGAAGUGGCUUGAUCACGAGUGGCCCAAAGUUCUCGCUAAGUAUGAGCCUAACCAAAUGUUCAAUGCUGACGAGACGGGCCUAUUCUGGCAAAUGCUUCCGCGACAAACGCUGGACACUCGCGGGGACAAGUGCCACGGGGGCAAGCAAGGCAAGGCCCGUGUGACGGUCCUAUUGGCUGCCAAUAUGGAUGGAAGCACGAAGCUGCGGCCACUUGUAAUUGGCAAGUUCCAAACCCCGAGGUGCAUGCGGAACUGCCCCAAUAUUCCGGUGACUUAUGCCUGGAAUAAGAAGUCGUGGAUGACGAGGGAUAUUUUCGUCAAGUGGCUGAAGGCGUGGGAUUCGGACCUGGCGCGUCAAGGACGGAAGGUAUGCCUUAUUGUCGACAACUGCACGGCACACCACACCGAUGCCCAGCUGAGCAACAUCGAAGUGGUAUUUCUGCCGCCUAACACCACUUCGAAGCUGCAACCGUUGGACCAGGGCAUUAUUCGCACAUUUAAGUCAAUCUACAAGCGUCGGCUGAUCGAAAUUUUGCUUGUCAAGCUCCGGAUGGGCCAAGACCUGAAGAUCGAUCUUUUGGGCGCCAUCCAAAUGCUGAAAGCGUCGUGGGAUAACGUCAAGCAGUCGACGAUAGCCAACUGCUUUCAGCAUGCGGGCUUCGCUGGCUGCACUGACGAGGCAUCAGUGGAAGAAUCCGAGGAAGCUGGGUUGGCAUGCGCAGAUGAAGAAAGCGAGCUCGCCGAAACGUGGAGCAAGCUGGAGAGCUUUGUUGGUGCCGAGCCGCAAAGCAUGUGCAUCGACGACUUCGUUGGAGGUGACGACAGCACUGGUACAACAGCUGAGCUGACGGAUGUGGAGAUCGUCGCCGAAGUUACUGCUGAGCAGCCAAACGAAAACGCUGCCGAGAUGGAUCCCGCAAGCGCUGAUGAUGCCCCGCUCCCUACAUCAGCUGAGGUCAUAGCUGCUCUGGCCCUUGUGCGCCGCCACUGCGGCACGAUUGAAGGCACCGGCCUAUCACUUGUGGAUCGCCUGAAUUACAUUGAGGACGCAGUCGUCAAACACGCCAUUGCCAACAAAAAGCAGGCUACCCUUUUUCAAUAUUUUAAGCCGACGCAAUAAAUGCUUUGUUUGAAUCCUCAAGUGAGUACUUACUGCAUCAUGAUUGGUUCAUUGGUUGUUUUCCACAAGUUUUUGACGCAUUUUUUACUUGAUUUUUUUAUAUCGAAUUCUGGAUAUAUCGAACUAUUUCGCGAUCGCCGCGCUGUUCGAUAUAUCGAGGUUCGACUGUACUGUACUAAUUGCCGCAAUGUGGCUAUUGAGCUGUUUUUUUUUUGUGCUCUAUGUAAUGUUGGAAUUUUCAUGUAUUGUACUAAUUGUUAAGUGGUGCUUUUGACCCACCCUGUAACGGCCGACAGACCAACAGUAUGAGUAAAUAAAAAAACCCUAUCAAAUGCAAAUCAAUGUCCGUUUCCCGUAGUCGAAAUCGUUCCGACUUCUCUUACACAAUUACUAACAUCCCCAAUGAUGCUAUUGACACAUUCAAGCAUCCAGGCGUUACUAUCACGCACCACCUAAACUAGUGCUCGCAUGUAGCUAACAUCACAUCAUCU